AUGUUGAUAUCAACUGUAUAACUAUUUUAUGGUAACAUUUCGAAGCAUUUUUUUAACUCUGGAUCAACAAAAGUAGAAUUUUAUACUUAAGUGUAGUAGUCUUCUGUACCAAAGAAAUUUUUCAUAACUGUUGUGAAUUCUCCAAGUGAUUUUAAGUUAACAUGUUAAGUUGACCAAACAAGUCCAUCGAUCAUAGGAAAAAGUUCCUUAAUUUAUUAAGGAUUUGAUUAGCUUUAGCAGAUAUGCUAAGAGCGUGAAAGAAUGAUAUCACAAUAACGGUUAAGCAUUUCUAAACCCUUUAUGUAAUUUCUAUCUUAAGCUAUGGAAAUCAUUUUAUGUAAUUCCUAUUCCCUAUUUCGCUAAGGUGAUCUGAUCAUAUUCAAUAGAUCUUUACAUUUAGCAUUAACUUCUGCCUGCUUUCUAGAUAUGUUAAUGUCAAAAUAGCCCUUAAGUUUCAUGCACAUGCAUUCAAACUAUAUUUUUGUUAUAGGAACUUUUGCUGGCGCCUUCUUGCCUUUCUAUUGA